GCUAGUGAUGAAGAAAUAAAAGAGCAACUUAAAGAAAUACUAGAAAAUAAUGAUAAAUGUAAGGAAAAUCUACAAAAAUUAAAUGAAAAAGAUGUUUUGUUUAACAAGUUUUGGAGUAAUAAGCUUUAUUUAGAA